ACUUCAUUAGGGAGAAUGUGGAGCCACUUGAUCAAACUGUUCUUUUGGGGUACUUUUUCCUUGCUCACAUGUAAGAACUACAUAUCAUUUUGAAGCUUGAAUCUCUAAACCAAAACAUGAUGUGGAAAAAGACUUUUCUCGUGUUCCUUUUCUCUCUUUCAAUUCAAAAUGCAGUAUUGGACGAUGAGAGGACAAAGAAAACGGAUGAAUGCCCUUCACCUAGAUUGUCAUCACAAACCACUGUGGUCACAAAGGGUCAAAAUGUAUCUCUGAUUUGCUCCAUUGAGAAAAAAUCUCCGACAAUCAUGUACGCUUUUUAUCGGGGUGACAAAUACCUGAGAACUAAAGAUAACGGUGAAUCCAAUAUUUUCAACUUAAGGAUCUCAGAAGCCCGUGAUUUGGGCCCCUACAAAUGCAAAGUCCAAGAUUCUAUAUCUUCAGCUUACCGCUGCUCAAAAUAUAGUCCUGACUUCAACUUCACAUUACUAGACCCAGUGGCCACCCCAGUCCUGAACAUCAGUGUCAUUCAGACAGAAGCAGGCCUAUAUAUAACACUACGCUGCAUCUCGCCCAACGGCUUAUUGCCCAUCAAUUAUACUUUCUUUGAAAAAAAUGUCGCCAUAUCACCAGCUAUUUCCAAAGAUGUAAGAGAGCCUGCUGAAUUUAACUUCACCCAGAAGAGCACCCAAGGAGAUGAAGAGUAUAGGUGUAAAGCUAAAAACAGAUUGCUUAACAAUGCAAAAUACAGUCAGCACACCCUCAUUCCCUUAACAGACGGAGAUGGCUGUGCUCUCUGCCUGCAGGUACUGCUUCCAGGGUUAUUACUAGUGCUAAUAGUAAUAGCCGUAAUCCUGGCAUGUUGGAUACUACCAAAAUACAAAGCAAGAAAAUCUAUGAGAGAUAAUGUGUCCAGGGAUUAUGGAGAUACGCCCAUGGAAGCUGUAGAAUAUGCAAAUUUCUAUAGAAACCAAGCAGAUAAAGAAUCUGUGCCACGCUUGGAACCAAGGCAGUAUGUUCCCACAGCCCAAGAUGGUACCAACUCCCAGGAGUUACAUUACGCUACCCCCACAUUCCAGAAGGUGGCAUCAGGAAAGCAUGAAGCCUGUAACGAUUACAAAACUAACGAUUACAAAACUAACUACGUAUAUUCUGACCUCAUCUGAAAUUGAAAGAUACAAACUACAUCUCAGGGAUUCCAUCAGAAAUUAUCUUAUUUAUCUGUGUAUUGUCUGUUUUGUCCCACUAGAAUAUAAAGGAUGCUGGUGUUGGUACCUGUGGAUUUUCAAUAUUAAUGUUUUAAUUUUGCCAGUAUGAUUAAAAUUGCACUGGCCUUGGGGGAUAAAAAAGGAUAAAGUUUUUCCUUUUCAGGGCUAGCUUAUUUCUACUGAGGACCCAGCGCAGGCCUGUCCAUGACACCCCGUCACACAGACAGAAUUGGGCUUGGACUGCACAAGAGUCAGCCCCUAACCUGGGUGCUGCAUAUAUUUGCACUUAUACGACCUGUAGCUAACCAUUUUGUGAGUGCCGAAAAAGAAAAAGAGAAAAAUUUUCUGUCUUGUUCACUGAAGUAUCGAAGUGCACAGCAGUAGGCACUUACUAAAAACGUAGAUAAAACACAGUAGGUACUGACUAAAUACUGGGAUAAAAAUAUUCUGGCACGAUAAUGCAUUUACCAUAUAAAGGACAACUGUGAUUUGAUAAUGUCUACGUGACUCAAAGAGUAAGAUUUUAGAACCUGAGAGGAGUGGAAAGUUCAAAUACCACCCUUUCAUUUUAUAUAUGAUAAAACCAUUAGUUGCUCUAUCUAUAGAAACCUAUUUUUAUGCUGACAUCAUCUGAAAGGCAUAUUUUAACAAGUUAUCAAAGAACUGAAGAGUAAAAUGCAAACUUCACAACUUUUCACCCAACAGAUAUGGGUGAUGGAAUUAUCUUCCACUCACUCUCAGAACGGACCAGAAUGCUGGCAAGGAAAGCCCCUUCAGUCCUGACUCAAAAAAUGCACACAAAUAUACAUAAUUUCACUCCUGACAAGUUGAAAAAUGGAAUCAUACACGCUUCUGGGUAUUAUGUCUUAGAGCUGCACAUUGUACAUGCUCAAAUGAACUUGCUGGAUAAAUACACUAUUCUCUGCGCUAUCAAUUAACUAAGGGUACAUGAUUCUAUAAUCAGGAACAAUUUAAAAUUAUAUUUUAUGUAUAUUUGGAAGAGAUUUGUUUCUGUUACUUAUAAGGUAACAUCAUAUAAUCAAAAACUCUCAAUAAAUACAUUUUUUAAUGACAAGUAAGACAA